AUGACCCUGACCGUCGUGAACCUGAUCUGGCCGGGCAUCCAGGGGAACACCGGCAGUGAGGUCCUGGAGGGGGGCAGCUUCUUCCUCCCGUCGCUCUCCCACCGCUCCUUCCCGGCGCCCACCCACGCCUGGUCCAGCCGCAUCUGGGCGCGCACCGGCUGCGCGAUAGGCGACUGCGGCGGGCGGCUCCAGUUCUCCACCGCAGGUCUCCCUCCACCACGGCGGCAACGAGCAAUCGUCCUACGGGGUGAGCGUGGUGGACGGCUUCAACGUGGGCCUCUCCGUGACCCCGCACAAGGGCCGCGACAACUGCCCCGUCUUGGCCUGUUGCAAGGACCUGACCUAGAGCUGCCCGGGCGAGCUGCCUGUGCGUACAUGAUGUUCAUCCUUGGCUUGUCACACACGCAAUCUUCUCGGCUUAAUUCCAUCUCUUCCCCAAUUGGAAACAAAUCAGCAUGA